AUGGCUAAAGAAAUAGGAGUCUCACCCGAGGACUACCAACAUGUUAAAACAUUAGUCACACUACUUGAGGAUCAGGAAAAAGAUCCACCCUUAACCGAUUUGAAACCAUUAAGCUGGUAUACACCUAAUUUCAAAGACAUAAUAAAUGUGGAUUUAUUUGUACAAAUAACCACUGAAAAAAUUGAACAACUGAAUGUCAGACAAACACCCAUGACCAGCAAUCUGUCCUAUGCUGAGAACCAAGCCCUAAAGGAAUUAAGCUCUGAUAAAAACAUAAUUAUCAAACCCUCAGACAAGGAGGGGAAUAUUGUCAUCCUGGAAAAAGAUAAAUACAUAGACAUAUGCAUGACCCAUCUCAAUGACAUAUCCUGUUAUAAAAAACUCCAAAGGGACUCCGCUGCAAAGUAUCUACAGUUUAACCCCUUAAGGACACAUGACAUGUGUGACAUGUCAUGAUUCCCUUUUAUUCCAGAUGUUUGGUCCUUAAGGGGUUAAACAACUAAUCACUAAGGCUAGAGACAGUGAGAUAAUAACCCAAGAUGAAUUUACAUUUUUACUACCUAACAACACUCCAACAGUGGCUACUUUUUUAUUGUUUGCCUAAGAUACAUAAGAAUCCAACAAACCCACCAGGCAGACCGAUCGUCUCUGGGAACAAUUCUCUCACAGAACAACCUAGCAAGUACUUAG